AUGGAGAAACCGAAGGAGUCGCAUGAAACAGCGAUUAAACACAUUCUCAGGUAUUUGAAAGGUACCAUGAUGACUAGUUUGAAGUAUGGAGUCGGGGGAGAUGAGCAGCUCGUUGACUAUAGCGAUAACAGUUUUGGUGAUGACAGAGAAGGAAGAAAAGGGACGACAAGAACUAUCUUCUAUUUCUCAGCUUUGGCUUUGAUGAAAAACCCGGUGUUCCAUGGGCGUAGUAAGCACAUAGAUACCAAGUACCAUUUUAUUCGAGAAUGUGUUGAUGAAGGGUUAAUUGAGGUUGAGUUUGUAAGUGGGAAGGAGCAGAAGGCAGAUUUUCUCACAAAACCGCUUCCAAGCAUUAAGUUCAAUGAAAUGAAAAAGAUGGUGGGCAUGCUUGAACCAGCCUUAGCACGUCAGGGGGAGAAUGAAGGAUGA